AUGUAUUAGUAAAAUUUAAAUACAUUUGACAUAGAGUAGGGAGAUACUUAAAUAGGAUAUAAAUCAUUACUAAAUGAUGAAAAUGUUAGAAUCCAGUUCAUACGCAAGGUUUACUUAAUUUUAAGCUUUCAAUUAUUAUUUACAACAAUAUUUUGUACAUUUUCAUACUUUUCAACAGGAUUCGCUGUUUACUAGUUACAAAAUACUUGGUUGUUUUAUGUUUUGUUAAUAGUUGGUUUGAUUUGUGAGAUUUCUUUAAUAUGUUGUAAGAAUGUUUCUAGAAAAGUUCCAAAUAAUUACAUCAUACUAGGAGUAUUUACAUUUUGUGAAUCUUGGAUAGUGAGUUACAGUUGUUCAAUAGCAUAUUUGAUUUAUCCAGAAAAUGGUGGACAGUUGGUUCUUAUUGCUGCUGUGUUAACAUUAGCAAUAACAAUAUCCUUAACCUUAUAUGCUUUCACAACUAAGUCAGACAUUACGAUGGCUGGAGGAAGUCUCUUUAUAUUUUCAGCAGUGCUACUCGUACUGGGAUUACUGUGUUUAAUAUUCAAUUCAAAGAUUAUACAUAUGAUAUAUAUUGGUGGAUUGGCCAUUUUGUAUGGGUUCUAUUUAAUUUAUGAUACACAGUUAUUGAUGGGAAACAAAGAAUAUUCUUAUUCUAUUGAUGAUUACAUAGUGGCUGCAUUAUAAUUAUAUAUUGAUAUAAUAAUGUUGUUUUUAUAAUUGUUGUAGUUAUUAUUGGAGUUAUUUGGAAAAAAGGAUUGAUAUGAUUUAUUAUAUUGUCUUAAUGAAUAUUAAUAAUACAUUAUGUCA